UCUAUUUUCAGAAAACCAGAAAUCAAAUGAAAAAAACUUGCAGCAGUUGAAUAGAUCCCACAAUGGAGAUCAAGAAAAGAAUCCGGUACACCAAACUGAAUCAGAACUCUGAGGAUUCAACAAGUGAUGAAGUUGAUGCUACCUCUACAGAUUCUAGAGAAGAUUAUGUGGCUGGACAGUUUUUAAAGCCUCCUGUGAAGGUUCCCUGGAAAGCAAUUAUUUAUGCUUUCGUUCUGUUCGCAUUUGGUACAGUACUCCUAUCUGUAGGUUGUCUAAUAGUGUCUGGACAUAUUGAGGGGGUUCACUAUCAAGAUAGAUUCUGGCCUCUCAUAUUCCUGGGUAGCAUCAUGUUCCUUCCUGGAGCAUACCAUACAUACUUUGCAUUCAAGGCCUUUACUGGGGACCCUGACUGGGAUUUUGAGGAGUUCCCGGAUUUUUGAGCUCAGCUUCUGUGAUUUAAAAGUAAAAAGUUCCGUGUUUAGAGAAAUAUUUGCAUAAUAUGUCUAAUGUCCAAUGCACCGUACAAAGUAUAUAAUUUUUCUCACUGUCAGUAUUUUUAGUCUGAUCAUGCAGGGUUAUAUUUUUACUUUUUAG